AUGGCUGAUCCACGUAAUGGUUCCUAUAGGGAUCUUGUCCGACAGCAUGGGGUGGAACUCGAGGCACUACUGCAACAGGGAAUUUUCAAGCCGGUUUUCCUCUAUCAAGCUGUGAUCUUCAGCCUUCUACCAUUGCUUGGUCUGAUUGUACCCCGCCACCGGGGCGGCAGAUAUAUUCGAUCCGCCAUCUUUGCCCUAAGCUUGGGUAUUGCCCUUCAGAUUCUUCAAAGCCGCCGCGCUCACUUGGGUGGCAAUGGCUACAUGAUUGGACUUAUCGCCGCAUGGUCACUCAUAUGGAGUGCCGGAAUAUUAGUAUUCACCGACAUCGAGAAGGAUUUUCAACGCAUUGAACGCACGACUACUGCCGAGAGUGGAUCAACAAAGGUGGCGACUUUGAAUACAUCUGCGCAUGUCCAGUCCAAGCCCAAGGACAAAGACAGGGAACGGGAGAUGUUCCAAUGGCAGCCCUAUCCUCGUAAUCUAUCCCAUCGUCUUGGGUGGUGCGCAGGUUUGCUCUUCAACUUGCGAGGACCCGAGUGGAACUGGCGGGCUCCUCAUCUUAGGACCACUUCCUCGGCAGAGAAUGAUUCUACAUAUCCCAGUGCGAACCGUCGUCUCAGACAUGCGUUCCGCACAUUUCUGGUAUCUUACCUCCUUCUGGACUGUUUGAAAGCGGUCAUGAUGCGAGACCCCUUCUUUCGAGGAUCGGCCAUUACAUAUUCACCACCGUUUCCACUCUCCUAUUUCGAGCAAUUUCCUAUUCUUAUUCGUUUCUACCAUGUUUUUAUCAGCGCUAUGGGCGUUUAUGUUGCCUUGAACUUUGUAACCUCAUUGAGCCCCAUUGUUUUCCUUGGGCUGUCUCUUGCUUUCCCCAACGCAUCCAGAAAACUGGCGGCAUCUCCCCUUGAUGCAUCUUGGCUAUAUGCAGACUCCUUUGGGCCAUUUCUUGAGCCUCUUCUAGACCACGGACUCGCUGGCUGCUGGGGACGUUGGUGGCACCAGCUCUUCCGCCACGGUUUCACAAUGACCGCUGGAUGGAUUUUGUCACUUCUUCCAACUAAUUUGGCACAGAAUGUGCAGCUAAAACGCAUCAUUCAUAUCGUCGUUUCGUUCUCGCUUAGUGGUUUCAUACAUGCCUGUGGCAGCUAUACCCAGUUCACUGCUACCCGUCCCUUCUCCGGGCCAUUCCUGUUCUUUUUUAUGCAAAGCGUCGGAGUCAUUGGGGAAUAUAUUUUCAAGACGGUGGUUUUUCCGAAGCUCUCGCUUCCUACACCCCCGAAAAAUCUUCGGAGGGCUGGAAAUGCAAUUUUUGUUUUAUCCUGGUUGUUGUUUUCAGGAGCCCGCAUAGCAGACGACUUUGCCAGGGGUGGAUUGUGGUUAAUAGAGCCCAUUCCACUGAGCCCACUUCGUGGAUUGGGACUUGCCAAAGGCUCGGGCUGGUGGUGCUGGGAAGGGGCGUGGUUUCGUUACUGGAGCGAUGGUACAUAUUGGGGCAGUGGAAUUCGAGUGCUAUAA